AUCUUAGUAAGGUUCUCUUUGGGAUCAAAGCGACAGGCUGGAUGAGCAUCUGAGCAUCCACUUCAAAGCUCACAUUAUUAGAGGGGCUGUAAUAAAGCUAAAAUUUUUCCACCCAAGAGGCCAAGAUCCUUCAGAGAAAAGCUAAAAAGCAAGAAAAGGAAGGAGCUUCGGGCUUCCUUCCUGCUUUAUUUGCUUUCCUUGCAGCCCCUGCUAAGCAUCUCCCCCCACCCCAACCUUUGAGGCAUCUCUUUUACUUCUUUCUUGGUGGACUUUUUUCUGGAUUUCCUUAUACUUGCUUACAGCCCCUGGUUUUUUUGUCUCUGUUGCUACUAAAUCCGGUUCUCUUAUCAGAGAUUUUUGUUGGGUUCCUUCUCUUCGGCUUUUCCAGCUUGGUCAGUAAAUUCUAUUAUCUUUUCUAUUGUUUUAAGUUCUUUUGGUUCGAAGUUCUUGUUUUGACUGUAAUAUUUGAAUCCUUUGGGAGUUCUAGUGAGUGGGUAUUUUCUGUCUCUAGGUUUCUUUCGCAGAAUUGAUGUUCUUUGGGCAUUGAAUUAUAUAUUUUCUUCUCUGUUAUUUUUUAUUUUUUCCCCUGAUUUUAGCUCAUUCCCGUGUUUGCUUAUUUCUAAGUGUAGGAAACCACUCUGCUAUUUCUCUUUGGAGCUUAGGGUUGGUCGAAUUUAAGUUUUCUCGUUUGUGGGUUUUUUUGAUUUCUUGGUUUUCCUCUUUUCCUUCUUCUUACUGACUUAAAUAUUCACCUAGAAUUUUAUUCUUCCUUUCUGGGUUUUUGAUUUCUGAGCUUUUUGACCUUUUCUUUUCUUCCUGUUGAUUUUUCGCUUCCAUGGGACUCUGUCAUGGAAGACCCAUCCCUCAAAACGAUUUAGAUAAUCCUGUAAUUCCUGAAGAUGCCGUCCCUGGUACCAAUUCUGAACCCAUCAAUUCUGAACCCACAAAAACUUCAAAGUUCCCCUUCUACAGCCCAAGUCCAUUGCCAAGUGGAUUCAAGAACUCUCCUGCUAACUCCAGUGUGAGUUCAACCCCUUUGCGCUUCUUUAAGCGACCAUUCCCUCCUCCUUCCCCUGCAAAGCACAUCAAAGCAUUGCUUGCUCGCAGGCAUGGCUCUGUGAAGCCGAAUGAAGCCACAAUCCCUGAAGGAAGUGAGUGUGAAGUUGGAUUGGAUAAGAAUUUCGAGUUCUCGAAGCAGGUUUCCACAAAAUAUGAGCUUGGAGAGGAGGUGGGUCGUGGGCAUUUCGGCUAUACUUGUUCUGCAAAGGUGAAGAAAGGGGAAUUGAAGGGGCAAGAAGUAGCGGUCAAGGUUAUUCCCAAAGCAAAGAUGACCACAGCUAUUGCUAUAGAGGAUGUAAGAAGAGAAGUGAAAAUUUUGCGUGCUUUAACAGGUCAUAAGAACUUGGUGCAGUUCUAUGAUGCUUAUGAGGAUGAUGAUAAUGUGUACAUAGUGAUGGAGUUAUGCAAGGGAGGAGAACUUUUGGAUAGGAUACUCUCAAGGGGUGGAAAAUACUCAGAGGAAGAUGCCAAGGUUAUCAUGAUUCAGAUUCUAAGUGUAGUUUCAUUCUGUCAUCUUCAAGGCGUGGUUCACCGUGACCUCAAGCCAGAGAAUUUUCUUUUUAGUAUGAAAGAUGACGAGUCUCCACUGAAGGCCAUUGAUUUUGGAUUGUCAGACUAUGUAAAGCCAGAUGAACGAUUGAAUGAUAUUGUAGGAAGUGCAUAUUAUGUAGCUCCAGAAGUUCUACAUAGAUCAUAUGGCACUGAGGGAGACAUGUGGAGUGUUGGUGUGAUUGCUUAUAUUCUUUUAUGUGGGAGCCGCCCCUUUUGGGCCAGAACAGAAUCUGGCAUCUUCCGAGCUGUCCUGAAAGCAGAUCCCAGCUUUGAAGAAGCCCCCUGGCCUUCCUUGUCAUCUGAAGCAAAAGAUUUUGUUAAGAGAUUGCUGAACAAGGAUUAUCGUAAGAGAUUUACUGCUGCUCAGGCUCUGAGUCAUCCAUGGCUGUCCAAUCAUCAAGACGUAAAGAUCCCUUUGGAUAUUUUCGUGUAUAAGCUUGUGAAAGCUUAUGUAUGCUCAUCAUCUCUCCGGAAAGCAGCUUUGAGGGCUCUUUCAAAGACAUUGACAGUGGAUCAGCUAACUUAUCUUCGUGAACAAUUCACAAUGUUGGGGCCAAAUAAAAGCGGAUUCAUCUCUAUGCAGAACUUUAAGACAGCCCUGAUGAAGAACUCCACUGAUGCCAUGAAGGAUUCUCGGGUUAUUGAUUAUAUUACCAUGGUCAGUUCUCUUCAGUACAGAAAAUUGGACUUUGAAGAAUUUUGCGCUGCUGCAAUAAGUGUGUAUCAGCUGGAAGGACUUGACAGCUGGGAACAACAUGCAUCUUCUGCAUAUGAGCAUUUUGAGAAGGAUGGGAACAGACCAAUCAUGAUUGAGGAACUUGCCUCGGAACUUGGCCUGAGCCCAUCAGUACCGGUUCAUGUGGUUCUCCAAGACUGGAUUAGACAUUCAGAUGGGAAGCUUAGUUUCUUGGGCUUUGUCAGACUUCUGCACGGGCUGUCUUCACGAGCAUUGCAGAAAUCUUAAAAUAGAACUCCAGCUGGUACGGGGAUUCAUUAUGUUAACCCUAUUGUUCUCCUUUGAUGAGAAGUCUAAUCGGACGCAUGCUUGUGCUAGUCGAUGAAAAGCAUGUGGGUCUAACCUCUAGGCUUGCUGGAGAGAACAACUGAGUCAAGAAUGGAGCUGAUGCCUGCCUGAGCCGGGGUUUAAGCCAUGUCUGGCAUAUUCUCAUGUGCAGUAUGUACUUUUUGUUUCUUAUUUUUUCCCGUGUUUUGUGCAUUAAGCUAUUAGAGGAUUGUACAGAUGAGAGUAGGAUCAAAAUGUUUUAGGAUUUAUGGGGAGUUCCAAAAUGAAGAGAGUUUGUGUUUCAUGUGUCUGUUCCACCUGUACCCAUUACAUUGUUUUGUUAAUAAAUUCCUUUAGCAAAUUAUUUAUA